AAGAAGUGUCGACCAAGUCCAAUUAAUUAGUAACCCGGUUACAAAAAAAUGUUGUCAAGGAAAGCCGGACCAUGCUUUAAUUAUCAAUUUUUUUUUUCGGAAGUUGUGCCAAAACAUUUCCAUAUAUAAAUCAAGGAAAAUGGGAAUCAAACUCUCACCCGCUGGAAGAAGACUGGCCGUCGUUAUUGUUUCAGCACCAUUUGCAGUUGCCACUUCGUGGAUUCUCUAUAAACGAUUGGUACUUGGUGAAGAAAGGCGCAUGGCCGACGGGCGACUCUUCCGACCGUCAGGUGUCCGAGAACGCGACGAACGUGAAAAAAUUGGAAACGACAAGCUAUAAAUAAUACCAUCCUCUAUUGUCUAUACGAUUAAUAUGCAUCAUAUUGUAUAGUCAUUCAGUUACUGAUAGAGAACACAAAAGUGCAAAUGGAAAAGAUAUUGCUAUUACAGGUACAAAGUACUAUAUAUAUUAAAAAUAACGAAGGGU